AUGUCCUGUAAUGUCUUUAAGUUACAGAUUGUUUCCGACGACUCAAACAGACAAAUCACCGGAAAACUCUCACUGCAGGCUGUAAACACUGGAGUACAGGUGAAGAAUGACACUGAGCUGGAAGAUACCUCCUCUGAACAUCGAUUCAACGCCAACCAAACUAUUGUGAACAGUGCUGGAGACAAAGAAAACAUCGUCAUGUCCUCUUCAAGCUCCACGUCUGCUAAAAUUGAGCCAGACAGGUCUAUUGCUCACCCUAAUUACAUUAUUCUGUUCCUUGUUUUGACAGAAAACACCCAAGAAGAGGAUACUUUAGGUCAGAGGAUUUUGCAACAUUCCAAUUUGACUGCUAGUAAACAACAUAGUAACACCGAGGACAAUGAUGCUGAGGCAAGGAGAAAAGCGCAGGAGGAAGGCUGUGUCAACGUGGUCCUCCCUGGCACUGUAACGCAGGAGGGCUGCUGCCGUUUUGUCAGCGAAAUCCUCAAGUUUAUUCUGUAUCAGAGACAGCAGCUACCCAUGACGUAUGACCAGCUGGUGUACUCCCAGAAGAAACAGCUAGCAACAAUGCAGGAUAAAGACGUAGUGAGCCGGAGGCCAGCACAAUCUGCAGACAUGGGCCGGCGCAAGUGUCAGCAGACCCUCCAGGAGUUAGAGGAGGUGCUGCAGCAGCUGGAGGUGCUAUUUUCUCUUAGCAAAGUGCCCCGUGUUCUGCUGCUAAUGGGUGGCUCCCUCGUCCUCCCCAAAGAGCUGUACGAGAUCAACAUGGAGGCACUGAUACUGGCCAGUGGAGAUCAAUGUCUCCGGGUAUCAUCAUGCUUAAGGCAACUCUUCCGCACUCUUUUUGUUGCUGACCUUUUGUCUGACACCAGACCUGUUCGUUUAAUGCCCACCACAGUCUUAGUGCUGGCUCACAGGGAUUGUGGUGUAGGCUGGUUCCGCCCUAAACUACAAUUUAAAGUGCCAACUCGUGUAAAGAACCAAAUUAUUGCUCUGUCUACUGAUCCCAGCAUCUGUACGGAAACAAGGGCAGAGGGGUCAGACUGGCAGGAUUAUGUGUGGUUUCAGGCGCCCAUGACUAUUAAGGGCCUUGCCUUGCCUUAGUAACUGACCCUAAAA